GCCCCGCUCCCCCCCGCUCCGCCUCCGCCGCAGCCGCACCGAGACACAAAAAGCGGCUGGGGCCGGGCCGGGGCCAUGACGGAGACCACCAAGACCCACGUUAUCCUGCUGGCCUGCGGCAGCUUCAACCCCAUCACCAAGGGCCACAUCCAGAUGUUCGAGAGGGCCCGCGAUUACCUGCACAAGACUGGGCGGUUCAUCGUCAUCGGUGGCAUCGUCUCGCCUGUGCAUGACUCCUAUGGGAAGAUGGGCCUGGUCUCCAGCCGGCACCGCCUGACCAUGUGCCAGCUGGCCGUGCAGUCUUCCGACUGGAUCCGGGUGGACCCCUGGGAGUGCUACCAGGACACCUGGCAGACCACCUGCAGCGUGCUGGAGCACCACCGUGACCUGAUGAAGAGAGUGACUGGCUGCAUCCUCUCCAACGUCAACACCCCCUCCAUGACCCCCGUGAUCGGACAGCCCCAGAACGAGUCUCCGCAGCCCAUCUACCAGAACAACAAUGUUUCCAACAAGCCCACCGCAGCAAAGAUCCUGGGGAAGGUGGGAGAAAGCCUGAGUCGGAUUUGCUGUGUUCGCCCGCCCAUGGAGCGCUUCACCUUUGUGGAUGAAAAUGCCAACCUGGGGACAGUGAUGAGAUACGAGGAGAUUGAGCUCCGCAUCCUCCUGCUCUGCGGCAGUGACCUGCUGGAGUCCUUCUGCAUCCCUGGCCUCUGGAAUGAGUCUGACAUGGAGGUGAUCGUUGGGGAGUUCGGGAUUGUGGUGGUCCCCCGGGAUGGAGCAGACCCUGAUCGGAUCAUGAACCACUCCUCAAUACUCCGCAAGUACAAGAGCAACAUCCUGGUGGUGAAGGACGACUUGAACCACCCCAUGUCAGUCAUCAGCUCCACCAAAAGCAGACUGGCCCUGCAGCAUGGGGACGGACAUGUCGUGGAUUACCUCUGCCAGCCCGUAAUUGACUACAUCCUCAAGAGCCAGCUCUACAUCAAUGCCUCUGGCUAAGCACCUGAGGCCCUGCAGCAAGACAACCCUGUUGCCCCACGUCCCUACAGCUCUCCAUCACACUUUUCUCUCUCUUUCUGUGUCUCCAUCUCUCUCCCCACCCCACGGCCUCUCACUCCCGGCGCCGACGCUCCAUAGUGCAGCAACAUCUAGCGGCAGAGCCCCGUGGGGAAUGGUUUGGUCUCUCUUUUUUUGGGAACUGCCCUCCCCAUCGUGUGUGGGGAGGGAGGGGGACAGAGAUGUGCUCAGUGUGCUCGGGGAGGGAGGCAGCUCUGGCACACCCCCCCCACACAUGUCACUGGGAAAUGGUCCCCCCGAUCCGACCUCCCAGCAUGCUCAGAGCAGGGGCUUCCUCUUUGGCAUCAUCUUACCCUACUUAAGCUCAAUACAUCUAGGUGGACUUUUUUUUUUUUUU